AUGCAUAUCGCGGGGCAUAUCGCGGGGCAUAUCGCGGGGCAUAUCACGGCCCCGCACAAGUUUCAGGCGCUCAAGCUACUCCGAGGGCCUUCGGCCGAAGGCCAUCGGACGGCGCUAGGGAGGUCUCAAUCGAAAGACGUCGAAGAUGACAAGGAAAAAUACGAUAUCAUUGGUGAAUCGAUCCAGAAGAAGCUUCAAGAGAAGGAGGACAUGGCGCAUGCGCUGGCAGAUCUGGUGUUGGACAGAUUUGCGCAAGACUGUGAACGCUGUGUGCAACUGCAACAGGGCUGCAACUUCCCAACAGACUCGCAUGUAUGUACCACUUGCAGAACUGCUGUUGUCCGCUGCACAGGUGAUUUAGACUGGAACGGCCUCGAUUUGAUGUGGAAUGCAGGUGAUCCGCUCGACCAACAGGUCGAUGAAUAUCUGCUGAACAAUCUCUCCGAUCCAGCAAUGUUCCGGGAUUUGAAGAGCGAUGAAGCUCGUUCAUGGAUGCUCCUACAGCCGUUCUUGGGCAGGAGUGGUCUCUCGACACAAGAGCACGACGAAUCGUCGCGCCUGAGCAAGGAACGUCAGCAGAUGCGUAAGUCGCUAGAGCAGAUCAGAGCUGACAGUCUCACCAACGAUACUACUUACCAAGAGCUCUUGUCGCUAAGAGAAGUGCUCACCAUUUGUGCACACGCUGCUACAAGGUGGUGGAGCGAGUACGAAGUUGAACUUGAAGAAUGGACCGGUUAUCCGACGCAGAGAGGUCUGCCAGAUGUGGAAGAUAUGACGGAGGCACAAUUCCGUGCUGCUGUCGCGUGGGUGCAUGCACACCCUCUCUACAAAUAUGAUGGUUCCCUAUCAUCUGGUCGCACGGGCGAAGAUGGCGGCCCAAUGGUGACCGGUGGAAACUGA